GGACGGUGAGUUUGGUGCGUUUUUUUGGUGUUGUUGUUUGUUAAGUAUUUAUGGUGUAAUAUUCGGAACGUGAACGCGAAGCUGGUGACCGGCAACCGGCACAUUAACUGAAAGGUUUUUCAUUUCUAACUUAACAAAAAUGAAAGCGAAACAGUUCUCUUUCGCUAAGUUUUCGCAGCCGAAACACAACCGCGCCACUACACGAACGAAUGUUUUGGUUGCGAGCUUUGGUGUACUGGCUGGUUGGGGUCUAAGCGCAUCCCAACCUGCAAUAAGCACACCACCCUGCCUAUAGGCGCAUCGAAGGUUGCCCGUUCUGGAAAGAUGCGUAUUCUAUUCGGUGUGUACUUUAGCAGCUAGUGAGACAAAUAGCAGCAUCAAUUACGGUGGUGGAGCAUUUACAUUUGUUGUGUUGGCAUGGCGCUAUAUAAUGGUGAUGGCGCUGGGUAAUCACUUUAUAGUUUUACUGCUUGAUCGCUGAUACGUGCGAGAAGUCGGGCAUCAAACAGUGUAAGAAACAAUCUUUAUCAGUGAACGAGAGCAACGUGUCACUCAUUAUCGGACACAGUGAGUAGGUAUGCAAUACGUGCGCGUACCUUUGUACACUACGGGUACGGGUGGUGACGACGACGACCACGAAGACGACGAUGAUGAUGGGGCUCUUUGUUGGUAGUAAGAAACACAUACCUGCGAGCAUACAACAUAUCGAAGGAGGCUGUGGAUAGAACGUUGCCAUAACACCCCCACCCCACGCCAUUCCUUCACUGCUGUAAUCGUGGCUGCUGUGUGUAUAUAAAGCUAGAGUAUCUGCGCGAGAAUUCUCACCCAAUUUUCUGUAGCUUUGCAAGCUUUGCGGUGAUCGCAGUAGCAGCUGUUUGAGCUUUGUCGUACAUGAGCAAUUGAACCAUCAGGAGGCCGGCAAGCAUUUGCAUUUAUUUAUCUCUGGCACAUCCGCCAGAUUAGGUAAAUCCACCCUCACGGGUUAUAACUGCAACGAUGAUACAAGGUUACGGAUCGGUCACACAAGCCCUGCUGGGAACGCUGUUAACAUGGGGGCUAACGGCUCUCGGGUCUGGACUGGUGGUUCUGCUGCGGGGCAAUCAACGGAAAUCACUAGAUAUUUCGCUUGGUUUCGCGGCCGGUGUCAUGAUUGCCGCCUCGUUCUGGUCACUGUUGGCGCCAGCAAUCGAACUGGCCGAAAGUUCACACAUGUAUGGAAGCAAGGGAGAGUUUGCCUUCAUCCCGGUGGCGGUAGGAUUUCUGCUGGGCGCUAUUUUUGUGUACGGUACUGACAAGGUCAUCUCUUACUUGGGCAUAAACAGCCCAACGAUGAUGAUCGCAUUAACUCACGCAAACAAAGACAAAGCUGAUAUCGCGAUGGACGAUCAAGUUUCUGCGGAGCAUGGUAGGAGUUCGUACGCUGGAGUGGCACCCACUUCCACGGAUCAUGCAUUGGCUAUCGGAAUGGAUAGCUUUGCGGAUUGUCUAAACGCACAGCACGGUAGCACGGUUUCGCGUAAGCGCAGGAAAGGAAGCUCGACGGCUUCGGCCAAGGAACAGUCGGUGUACACAAACAACAGCCAAAGCCAGCUGGAUGCACAGUUAUCCCAAUGGAAGCGAAUUAUGCUGCUAGUGGUGGCCAUCACCGUACACAACAUACCGGAAGGUUUGGCCGUGGGUGUCAGUUUCGGUGCGAUUGGUACAACGGAAUCGGCCACAUUCGAAGCGGCUAGGAACCUUGCCAUUGGCAUCGGUAUACAGAAUUUCCCAGAAGGUUUAGCGGUAAGCCUACCGCUGCACGCAGCUGGAUUCAGCCUGGGGAAGAGCUUUUGGUAUGGGCAGUUAUCGGGCAUGGUGGAACCGAUAUUCGGAGUUCUUGGUGCUGUUGCCGUCAGUCUCGCUACUAUAAUUCUGCCAUACGCCCUAUCUUUUGCUGCCGGCGCCAUGAUCUACAUUGUUGCGGACGACAUUCUACCGGAAGCACAUGCCAGCGAUAACGGACAAAUAGCAACCUGGGGCACAAUUGCUGGAUUUGUAGUGAUGAUGUGUUUAGAUGUGGGGCUUGGAUAAGCAGAUGUGCACUCGAUGCAUUGGGACGAUCUAUCGAUCCGGAACAAUCUGGAUCCGGCGGUUACCUGUGACUGAGAUCGAUCGUUGCGCUUCGAUUGAACGAGCCAGUGUCUGUUAGCUAGUACUUGACUAAGUAUUAAACAUCAUCGUGAAAAUCCUUUGUUAUAAUCCGAGGGGAGAGUUUACUAUAGAUUAGUAGAGCACAUUUUUUAUAGGUUAUCCUUUUUUAACUUACGACUUAAUUACUACAAAUCAGCGUGCUUACAGCCAAUAAAUGCCCAGUGCAGCGGCUCCAUUUUAAAUCGUUUAA